AUGUCUGGGCUCCUCAGAACAAUUUCAACCCGCACUGCUCCAGCUCUGCGGGGACCCAUGAUCACCCAGAGGGCCAGUGUCUUCACCAGACCGGCUAAAGACCCUCUCGGCCCCGCUGUAAGUAACUUUAUCUGUAAUCUUGAUACUGGCAAUAAUAUAAUUAGUAACUAGCUCGUACUAGGUGUUGUGGCAUACGCUAUGGUGUUGGGCCUGUGAGUCAACGUUAUCUAGCUAACUAAUUGAUAGCUGAAUGUUUAUCAAUGUAUUAUUGUCCUAAUUCCACUAUGGCGGGGUAACAUCGCAACGACACACGAGUGUUUCAUAGAUUUGUCUUAUUUUAGCCAAACAUCCAUUGAACAUUUUAGUUAGACUGGAAGGUCACGUUAGCAAGUUAGCUAACAGUUAGCUAGCUAGGUCAGUUCGUGACAGGCCAGGGCAGAGAUGCAUAACUACCAAGCCAACGCCGGCUGACACACUGACAGGUCGCGGUUCUAUUUUGCAGUAUAUUUUACUAUAUUAUACCUUUUAUAAAUACCUCUGCUUUCCUAUCAAUGUAAAACGUUAUUUCAUUAUUGCUAUUGUGCUAAUAAUUUAUUAACGUUUAUUGGCGCGUUAAUCUACAAGGUCGUGUUAGCUAUGUAGCUACGUUAGCUUGUUAGGUAACAUUGCUAGUCACUGAUGAUUCACCACAUGACAUUGAGGCAAUCAUCAGUUAUAUACAUUUGAACAUUCUGUAACGUUAUACAACACCCUCAACAUGGCACAUUGCCUGGAAUAACGUAACCAUGUUUACUCUCUACCUCCCUUUUUGUAGGAGACAGUCAUCGGACUGGGGAUGUUCGCGGUGGCUAUCCUGGGACCCUCCGGUUGGAUUCUCGCCAACAUUGAGAACUACAAGAAGAAAUAA